AACACACUCCCGCCAACCCAACGCGCUCCCGCCUCCCCAAAUCCCAAUCCCCAAUCCCCAUCGGCCAUCGCCAAAUCUCUCCGCGCCUACAACACCAUGGAAGCCUCAGGCGCCGGCGCCGGCGCCAUCCCGAAGGCGAAGAGGUACGUGGUGGGGCGCAAGCUCGGCGGCAGCCCCAGGAAGAAGAUGGUGGCGCGGUCCGUCAAGGCCGGGCUGCAGUUCCCCGUCGCCCGCAUCGGGCGCUUCCUCAAGAAGGGCCGGUACGCGCAGCGCGUCGGCCGGGGCGCCCCCGUCUACCUCGCCUCCGUCCUCGAGUACCUCGCCGCCGAGAUCCUGGAGCUCGCCGGGAACGCCGCCAAGGACAACAAAAAGUCCCGCAUCAUGCCGCGCCACCUGCUGCUCGCCAUCCGGAACGACCCGGAGCUUGGAAAGCUGCUCGCCGGCGUCACCAUCGCCCACGGCGGCGUGCUGCCCAACAUCAACCCCGUGCUUCUCCCCAAGAAGACGGUCGAGAAGGAGCCCAAGUCGCCCAACAAGGCCGCCAAGAAGGCUUAGUCGAUUACUGCCUAGUACUCUACUUCGUAAUAGAAUUAGUGUUCGUUGUUCU